UAGCAGAGUGGUGAAAGAUUUGAGCUUCCUUACAUGAACUUUUGACUCCCCCCGCCCCUCUUCACAGUACGUAAAUAUAGUGCCCAUGCAGUGCUACGCUCAUACACACAAUGGAAAACUUCACCUUAAUAGCAGCUGUGCUUCUUUGCAGCCUCAGCUGGAUCUCUGCCUCAGUUACUCCGACUGUGGAGGUCCAUCCUGGUGAAGAAGUCACUCUGCUGUGCCCCAACAUAUCCCAACCUGUAUCUCUGACAGAGUGGUUCAGAGUGAUUAACAGAACCAAGCCAAGCUGUGUCUCCUCUCUCUACGGGGCUGAUGGCAAAGUUUUAUAUUGUGAAGGAACUCAAAAUGGAAAAUUUGAAAUGAGUUCCAACUUGACCACUGUCUUUCUUAAAAUCAAGAAAGUGGAUGUAUCUGACUCUGGACUGUACUUCUGUGGAUUUUAUAGAAAAACACAUACAGUCAUUUCCACUGCGAUCCAGCUAAACAUUGGAGAGGAUCCUGAUGGAAUGGCAUACCUGAUGAGUUUAAUUCUGGGAUGCUUGGCUGUUUUCUUCAUGGUGGCCGUCAUGGUUUUGGCUGUUAAAAUAAGUAAACUCCAGAAAGCUGCAAAGGAAGAACUGCAUGCUGAAAGAAACAAGUUACAGAAUGUGGGCUCUGAUGACCUGAACCGUACAGAGUGGAGGUUCCUUCCAAAGACAAUAAGAAGCAGGAGGUCUGCAGCGGAGAAUGACCUGGAGACUCAUGUUGUUUAUGCUGCCACCAAAUAGACUCAUAAAGUCCCUGUAACUGUCUGCAAACUGAUGCUUUAUCAUAUACAUUUUACUCACUUUCACAUUCUUUUUAAAUAAACUUACAAUAGUCUAA